AUGAUCGUCAUUGAGGUUAGUCAAGCAAUAAAUGCUGAUUUAUCAUCAUCAUCAUCAUCAUCAAUUGAAGAUGAUCAAGAACAUCAAUUAUAUCGUCGUAAUUCGAAAAAAGUUGCACAAAUGUUAGAACAAAUUUUACGUCGUGGUGAAAUGCAAGUUCAUCCUAAUCGUAUUCAACACUUUCUUGGUAGACUUAAUCGUCGUAAAACAAAUGAUCAUAUAAAAGAUUCAAAUCAUAUAAAUCAUUUUUAA